AUGGCGUCGCUCCUCCGUCAACCGCAGUCUCUCGCGAGAUCAUCGCGCCAGCUCAUCGAGGCAGCAUCCCUCUCACGCACACUCUCACGACGGCCCGCAUCGAUACCUCGUCCACUGUACGCAUAUGCCCGCAGUAGGCAGUAUGCCACCCAGCCGGAAGAGCCCAAAGAUGGCAAGCAGGCAGACAAGACGCCGAGUUUGCCGCCCAAAGGCAUGGAGAGCCUCUAUUCACAAAGCUCACCGUUAUCAUCGAGUCCACAGCCGCCUAAAAAGCCCGGAUCAGAUGAGCCAGAAGGUCCGCUACCCGGCCGGGUGCAGAUCAAUGCGCAGGAGGAGCAGGCCUUAGACGAUGUGUUUGGUCUCGUAAAGAAGGGAAUGCCAGCUUCUAUGGCCGCGGAUGUUGACAAGGCGCUACAACGAUUAAAGAAGGAAGGUCUGCCUUCAGAGCUCCGAGACACUAUCAAAGAGGUACAAGAAGAAGGCAUGUCGCCAGCAAGAGCGGCGAAACUGUGGCGCCUUACAACGCAAGUCGCUAGAGAGACCGCUGAGAAGGAGGUCAACUCAAAGUCCAGUCAAGAAGAGCCCCAGCAGAAGAGUGGCGAGGACCCGGGUCCGUCUGGUUCACCAAACUCGAAGAAGGGUGGCAAUAAGAAGGGCCAAAAAGACAAGAAAAGCGACUCGCCAUUUCAAAACGUCACAGAGAUCAAGUUUGACCUAUCAAAUUUCCUCAUAUCUGCCUUCGUGGCGUACAUGCUAUACAGGCUGGUGAUACCUACCGAGAACAGCAGGGAAAUUACUUGGCAGGAGUUUAGGAACACAUUCUUCGACAAAGGUCUUGUGGAGAAGCUGAUCGUGGUCAACGGAAACCGGGUGCGGGUACACUUGCACAGAGAAAGCGUUGCAUCAAUGUACCCGGAGUCGCCUGCCGCACAAACCGGCUUCUACUACUACUUCAGCAUCGGAUCAGUCGAAGCAUUUGAGCGCCGGGUAGAGGAGGCGCAGAACGAGCUGCAGAUCCCGAGCUCCGAAAGAAUAUCAGUCUCUUACCACGAAGAGGGAAGCUGGUUCAACACUGUGAUAGCCUUCGGUCCCACACUGCUCUUCAUCGGAGCCAUUUUCUACCUUUCACGACGAGCCGCAUCUGGUGCUGGUGGUGGUCAAGGUGGCAUCUUUGGCAUGGGCAAGAGCCGAGCGAAGAAGUUCAACCACGAGACCGACAUCAAGGUCAAAUUUGCUGAUGUCGCGGGUAUGGACGAAGCCAAGCUCGAGAUCAUGGAGUUUGUGAGCUUCUUGAAAGAGCCAGGCGUAUACCAGAAGCUUGGUGCCAAGAUUCCACGAGGAGCAAUCUUGUCAGGGCCACCGGGCACUGGUAAGACACUACUUGCGAAAGCCACCGCAGGAGAGAGUGGUGUUCCAUUUUUCUCCGUCUCAGGAUCCGAGUUCGUGGAGAUAUUUGUCGGUGUUGGUCCUAGUCGCGUCAGGGAUCUGUUCGCCAAUGCUCGCAAGAACACGCCUUGCAUCAUCUUCAUCGAUGAAAUCGACGCCAUCGGAAAGGCUCGAUCAAAGUCGAAUUUUGGUGGCGGCAACGAUGAGCGAGAAAGCACAUUGAACCAGAUCCUUACCGAAAUGGAUGGUUUCAAUACUGCCGAACAGGUCGUAGUCCUCGCUGGUACAAACAGAGCAGAUAUCCUCGACAAAGCAUUGAUGCGUCCUGGACGUUUCGAUAGGAAUAUUGCCAUUGAUCGCCCUACAAUGGAUGGCAGGAAGCAGAUCUUUGGCGUUCAUCUCAAGAACAUUGUCACGAACGAGGAUAUCGAACAUCUGAAAGGACGUCUCGCAGCUCUUACUCCCGGCUUCGCUGGUGCCGAUAUUGCAAACUGUGUCAACGAGGCGGCCUUGGUUGCCGCAAGAGCAAAGGCUGAAUCCGUGGCCAUGACGCAUUUCGAACAAGCCAUUGAACGUGUCAUUGGUGGAUUGGAGAAGAAGAGCUUGGUCCUCACACCGGAAGAGAAGAAGACUGUCGCAUACCACGAGGCUGGCCACGCUAUCUGUGGUUGGUACUUCCAGUAUGCAGAUCCACUUCUCAAAGUCAGCAUCAUUCCCCGCGGCUCUGGAGCCCUGGGGUAUGCGCAGUACCUUCCAGGUGGUGGCAGCGAUGAAGUCCUCAUGAAUGUCAAGCAGCUUAUGGAUCGAAUGGCCAUGACAUUGGGCGGUCGCGUCUCUGAGGAGCUUCACUUCGAUACUGUGACCAGCGGUGCCAGCAGCGACUUCCAGAAAGUAACGCGCAUGGCGAACGCCAUGGUCACCAAGUGGGGCAUGUCGGAGCUUGGCUACAUGUACUAUCCAGAUCCCGGGGAGACUCAGGAGACUCAGCUCCAGAAGCCAUUCUCGGAGUCUACAGCGCAAGCCAUCGACGCGGAGGUCAAGCGAAUCGUGAAUGAAGCAUACAAGCAAUGCCGUCAAUUGCUUGAAGAGAAGAAGAAGGAAGUUGGCAUCGUUGCAGAGGAACUUCUCAGCAAGGAGGUCCUGAGCCGAGACGACAUGGUUCGGUUACUUGGACCACGCCCAUUUGCUGAUCCAGGCGAGUUCAGCAAGUUCUUCGGAGGAGGAGACCCCCUUCCUGACCAACCACCCGCCCCGACUGGCUCUAUCGAUCCACCGCCAAACGAUGGGCCACCACUUCCAGGUGCAGGUCCGGCACAGCCUGCACCGACACUAUACCAGCAACUUGAGCAGAUCUCGAAGAAGUGGUAA